AUUUUCUCUCUACUACACACACAGAUCAAACCCUAGUGGUUAAUCACCUUUUUCGAAACCAAAAAUGGCAAAAACAAGCAACGUGUUGACCACAAUCCUGAACGUAUUGACCUUACUCUUAGGAGUCCUCCUCAUCUUCGGCGCAAUAUGGACCACCGUCCACCCCGGCGGCGAGACCUUAUGUGAGAAAACAUUCGCGAAGCCCUACUUGUUCACCGGAAUAUUCCUCGUUGUUCUCGCCGUUCUUGGAAUAGUAGGCGCCACUUUCAAAAUAAACGCCAUACUAUACAUUUACUCCGCCGUGUUGCUCAUCAUAAUCCUGGGCUUACUCGCCUUCGCAAUCUUCGCUCUGGUGGUGACAAACAAAGGGAUCGGGAAGGCGGUUUCCGGUCAGGGGUUUCAGGAUUAUCGGAUUGGAGAUUAUUCAAAGUGGUUGAAGAAGCAUGUCGUGAAUGAGAACAACUGGGCGAAGAUCAAGAGUUGUUUAUCGGAUUCACGUAUUUGCAUGGCCCUCGCUCAAUCCAAAAACAGUGGUGAUUUCUAUCGGCGUAAUCUCAACCCUCUAGAGUCCGGUUGCUGCAAACCUCCGGGAGACUGCAAGUUCCUGUUCGUGAAUGCGACUUACUGGCAGGCACCAAAAUCAGGCCCUGGAUCGAAUGAUCCCGACUGCGCAACUUGGAGCAAUAACCAGAAGAAGCUGUGCUACAACUGCGGAUCUUGUAAAGUUGGAGUUUUGACUAACAUGAGGCAUUUGUGGAGGGGAUUUGCUGUUCUUAAUUUCAGUAUUCUUAUCUUUGUUAUCGUCAUCUACUCAGUUAGUUGCUGUGCAAUCCGAAACAAUCAAGCGAUAUCAGAACCAUGUCAUAUCUAGAUAUUUAGGGCCAUGGAUUGAGGCUGCUUGUUUAUGUUCUAACUUAUGUAGUAGACUUUUUACUUUGGUUUGUUUUGAUGAUAUUAGGGUAUGUAAGAUAGGAGUGCGUACUUUCUUAACCUUAAUUAAGACUUUUGUAUUUUCGUAGUUGUUGGUGUUUUUAGUAUAAUGAUCAGU